CAUGACAAUAUCGUUCAACUGACCUACUUCCCUCGAACAGUAAAAAUAGCGGUCGACAAUAGCUCAAACACUAUUUUUAGGCGCGUAUCGCUAAAUUGUUAACUAAGAACCUUAUCUUACCUUGUUCUAACAUCUUUGCAAUCAGUCCGUGCGAUAUAGCUCACGGCGCAACUCCUGAAUAUCUACCUAUAGGCGACGUACGAUACGUAAAAAUCGAUAUUACGCGCUCGCCACCAGUACUCGUUUACUCUUCAAUAGUGCCGUUUUAGUUAACGCUAGAGAUUCGUAGUUUAGUAAACAAGGGAACAUGUUUUAAAUUAAAAUAAAAAAAUGGAAGCGUCAAAGAGAUAUAUUAGGAGUGAUUCCGCGAGUUGCGCGCACAUGGUCGAGGAGAACACCGCGAACAAUAGAAAAACUGAUCCCCAUGAGAAGCUGAAGGCGUUGUUGAAUUCUCCCGAAGACGAUACGGACGAUACGCUGCCGCCGUCCGACGCGCCCAAGUUCGGCACCGUGAUCCACAACAGGAUCUUCGUCGGCGGCUUCUCGCUGACGACCACGGACGAGGACCUGUGGAAGUUCUUCUCGGGCUUCGCCACCGUGACUGCCGCGAGGGUGAUCUACGACCGCGCCGGUGUCUCCAAAUGCUACGGUUUCGUCACAUUCGCCAGCCCCAGAGUCGCGAGGCUGAUUGUGAAGCAGAGUGGUGGUGUGAUGUUUUCACCUUUGGGACGCUUGAGAGUUGCACAGGCUGUGAGGAAACAGAUAAGCCAGCUUCCCGUGAUCAGCUCAGAAGCGACCCCGCUGCAGGCGCCGCUGUGCUAUCAACUGAUCUGCCCGCCGCUCGCGCCGCUCCCCGCCUGCGCACCCUGCGAGCUGCCGCCGCCGUACGCUAUGUAUCCUAUGCCUUAUGAAAAUAUGCCUGUUUCAGCGGGCCCACUGUACGGGCCGCCCGCGCAGUUCACGCUGGUGCCCGCUCCAUACAGCACCGCGUGUUGCGAGCCAGCAUGCUGCGCACCGCUCGACAAGCAGCCCCGCAUCCCACCGCCCCCACUGCACCCAGCUUUCAUCUACUAACUUACUUCUUAGGGCGCAUUUCCACUAUGUCGUAGUGAUUCAUUUGUCGACGACUGUCGUCUCUAGCUGUUCCCUAAACGAUUGUUUAUAAUAUGUCUGCAAUUGUUUGGGAACACACGAGUAAACGAGACGAUAAUAUUUUUGACGUGGCUACGAUAGAGCCAUCAAGUUUUAGUUGUAACGAUUUUACGACUAUCGUGCAUCAGUCUGCAAAAAAUGUCGCAGACGACACUAAAUCGUUCCAUCUAUAUGUGAACACCUCCAUUAAAACAUAAAAGACACGACACUUUAAAAUACACGAUUAGCGGUCGUCAGGACAAAGUGGGAACGCGCCCUUAUUCAGCGCUCAUUUUAAUUUAAGUCUGUAUCUUUUGUAACUACGGAAUUAUAAUGGAUUGUAAGAAGCUUAGCUUACGUGACAGAUUAUGUGUCGAAGUCGGAUAUCUUUAGUUUAAGUUUUGGUACUCUAUGCGCUUCGUACAAACAGUUGUUAUCUACAUGCGUAAUAUAAUAGUUGUGUGUAGAUUCCAGUCUCCAGUCAUUCCUUUCGCUCGAGUCUUCCAAAUAUCAUGCUCAAAUUGGGUUCGCUUAUCGUUAACAGUUGAACGAGAAAUAUCAGAAAUAGGUUCUGAAGUGAUGCAAGAAGUGUUCAAGGUUUAGAAAAUAAUUGUCUAUCGAGUUAGUUUUCGAGAAUUUAUCAGACGUGUCGUUGUUAGUUUCGUUAAUUAGUGGUACUGUAUCGCUUUUGAAUUUUUCGUUGAAGCCACCGUCGCUCGUUAUAUUAGGAUUAGCAGCGUGAUUUUUGAAUUUACACUCGAUGAAAACCUAACGAUUCAAAAUAAAUGUAUCGAUGUACUUAACUUAGAUAUAUAUUGUCUCUCGAUGUGACGUAUGUUAAGGCUUGUACGAAUAUUGUCGUCACGGGUCCUCGCGAAGGAGGGCGCGUGAUGGACGCUGUAUUCUAAACCGUAGCUAAAUAUUAACUCGUGAGCACGUGUCUCAGCGAAACUUCGAUACGGUGACACGGGAUUGUGUUAUACAUGUAGCCGAGUCGAUUGUUGUUAUAAUAGGUAAAUAAUAGUAACAUAUAGAUUCUGUUAUAUUUGGUAUCUUGUUAAAAAUAACCGCACAAAGUAAAGAGGACAAAGUUAUCGCUAGCCAUAAAGUUUUCAUACGUUGUUGAGAUCGCUUGUUAUCCUUUUAAAGGAGUUACGUUUAACAAUAGCAAUAAAAUAUAAAAUAAUUAAUUUGUUGCCCUAAUAUAGAACAGAGAACCUAUUUUUAGUAGUUUAGUUUUAGAUGAUAUUGACAAUGAAUUAUAUCUGGGGUCCAAAGUGUGAUAGAUAAUGUGAAUCUUGAAAUUCUGCUGAAUUCGGCUCGAAAAAGCGAAGCAUCAAGGAUAUUUCACUAUUCACAUUUCCACUGCUGUUAUAUCAUUGUGUUGGUUUUUAUAUUGUUUCAAAAUGAUUCGAAACCCCGUUGUUGACACUCCAGGACCAAUUACUUUGGUAGAUUUUUGAAUUAUCACUGUAAAAUUCAAUUGCACACCCGGUAGACGGCAAUAUUUUGAUGAAUUUAACGAUUUCAAUAUAUAAUUAUAUUUUCAUGUUUUAUAAUGCCUUGUUUUAUAAGCAGGGGCGCAUUUAUGUACAAUAUUUUCAGAAAGGAUUAUUCUAUUCGCUUCAUCUACAUAAUAUCAUAUAUAAAUAUGUAUAAUAUUUCAUUAAAUUUAUAAUCGUUAAGUUUACAGUAUAUGUUUAUUGUUUAUGUUACAAUAUAAAUAUUUUAAUUAAAUAUAUCUUCGUUUACUCGAUUUCAUAAGUAACAUUGACUACAAAUUGCGCUUCAUACUUUCCUAGACCACGUUCCAGCUUAUUAUCAAAUUAGUAUAUAACGAGCCUAAUAACAAUUUUGGAGUCUGUUUCAACAAAAAUAUCUAGCUUUGAUGUUUUCAAAGCUAUUAAUUCUGUCUGGGUUAUUUGUCAGACUAUUGAAGAUGAACAUGAUUGUAUUACCUACACAAUUGAGAGAAAGUUAUACGAUGAUGUGUAAUACUAAAUUCGUUUCAGAACAAGAUUAGGAGGGAUUGAAAAGAAAGAUAAAGAUUAUGAAGUUAAAUAUUUUUUUAAAUAAUAUUUUUUUUUGCAACAUUCUACUUUCAUUUGUAGCUAGGAAAAUCAGAACAUUGUGAAACAGACCCUCAAAGUUUUAGGCUCUCAAAUAUCUAAAAGUAUUUUUCUAAUACUCUUAAAUGUAUCUUAUCUAAUAUCAUUAUCAACAUCUGUAGAUCCUAGGCUUCAAAUAUUAACUAAUUAUAGUCUAACUGAAAACGCUGUCAAUUUACUAUCUUGGACUUGUACUACUAUAUUAUAGCAUUUAAGUGUAGCUAUAAUUAUUAUUACUUUAUCCUUUACUCUAAUCUAUUUAUUAUUGCCUGCUUCUUUAUUUUGUCUAUUCUCAAUGAUUAUAUUCUGAUCGUUUAAUUUGUAAUCUAUUUUGGAAAUUGAACGUGUUGUGAUUUGUUUAAAGGUAUAUUGUGAUCACUCAAAUGCAGCUAAUUUUAGACCUAUUUUAAGUAAAAUAUCACUUAUCUAUCAGCUUGGUUUUUGCUAUAAAUAUAUGCCCCAAUAUAAAUGUGUUCUUAUCACGACGAUAAAACAUUAACGAUUUCAUUUCGUUCUCAUUAACCGGCAUAUAUUUGUGGCAAUUAGUCUAUCUAACUAUGUGGCCUAGACACUUACUGCCUGACAUAUCGGAUAUAUUAGAAAUCACUACGCUAUAGUUUUUAUUUUACGUGUAUCUGUAUAUAAACUUUCGCUAGACGUAUUUGAAUUUUAACUGAUGUAAAUUAGACAAUAUUAAUGUAACCGAACCUAGAUGUCUUAAUUAUUAUCUUCUAUAUAAGCGAUCACUUCAUCGAUAUUGUUAAGCGCUUAGUAUUAAUGUGAUGUCUAUUGUGGUAGUCAAGUUUAAACUUUUUAAAUAUUUCUACAAAUAGCAUGAGCCUGUUGUCGAUGUGAAUUUUAAUAAUCUAUUUCGUAAAUGUCUAUUACAGUGUUGCUUGAUGUCGUACCUCUUAAAAUUACAGAAUUUAUAAAUAUUCUAAAUUUCCUCGUAUCAGAACUUUUAAUCUUACCAGUGUAUUGAUCGUGUAGUAGCUUCGUUUCGUUUUUGCUGUUGUUAUCAUCAGAACUGUUGCGAUUCUAUGUUGUUGAAUGAAGAGUAGAUGUCAGUAUUGGUCUCAAAGUAGCCGUCCUGUGACGAACAUUUGUUUGGUCUAAGGCCCUGAUGUACUUUUAUAUUGAUUCCGUGGUAAAUAUUAUCCGUCUGAUUGAAGCAUAGGUUAUACAGGGACAAAGACAAUACAUGUGGUUGGAAUGGCGUAAGGGAAUAAGGAAAGGCGACUGUAAUGUUCGUUACAUGUACUCGUAUCUAUGCUUUUUGGCUGUUACAUUUUGCAAUCGAUCGUUGACGUUAUGUUUAACAAUAGUAUCAGAUUUAUUACCUUCAUAACCACAAAUUUUACAUAAAUUAUAACAAUGUGUUUUAGAGUGAAAUUUCUCUAUUAAAUUUUUAGAGUAAUAACGAAAAGGCAUACUAAUGUUCGUCAAAAUGUGCAGUUGUUUAUAAAGUACGUAAGUACGCCAACAACAAAACGUUGUCCAGUCAUUAUAAUGUUUAGAAAGCUAUAUAUUUGUUAAAUAUUUGUCCCCUACAUCAGUAAGAAUUUUUAUAAACCUUUACAAAUUUGUAGUCCGACGUUUUGGUUAUGAUCGUUCUACCCUUUUAGAUGCUAAAGAUGUAUCGCAGAUUAUUUUCUUCGUAAAAACAUUUCAUAGCUGUAUUUUAACUGUUGACUACUUUUAAGAAGUCUAUUUUAAAAUGCUACGCGUCGAAAACUGUUAUACGACCAUUUAGGCUGAUGUAUUGAAAACGAUAAUAAUACAAAAUAAAUAAAUAAAAGAAAAUACUAAAAAAAUCUAAGUGUGAAUCUAUUUAUGUGUAUUUGUAGAUCGAUAUACGUAAUGAAUAUUCAUAAAAGUCUAUGUGUUUAGAUAUUGCUAAAAAUAUUCCACAGAUAACUAAAUAAGAUAUUAUUAUAGAUAUUAUAUUAGAAGUAAACGCUACUAACGACUAGGGAUACUGGAAUAGUAACGCUCCGUGAUCAUAAUCUAUCAUUGCGCACAUAAUGUUAUAUUAUUAUACGAAUUAUUGUAAGUGGAAUAUACUGUCGAAUAUAAAGCAUCGUAUCAUCGAAUGUAGGUGAUUGUUGAUAGAUAUUUAUAAUUAUCGUCUAGCUAUUAUAUGUGAUAUUGUUAUUGGAAUAAUAGAUAUUUUAAAGGCUAAUAUGAUAAUUAAUUCUAUAUUCUCCUUGUUGACUUUUGUGUAAUAGAAUAAAAGCGUUUUAAGACAUACUGUAAGAAUACAGAAUGGUUGGGUUUGGUGUGUUUUGGUGUGAAGUGAAGUAUUCGUUCGUUCUCUUACAUUUAAUUAUUUCCUAAUUUUCAGUACAAAUUAGCAGAGACCCACAGAAUAGUCUACAAAAUUAUAUUUUUUAGAAUUAUUGUUUUUUUUUAAAUAUCAGUACAAAUGAACAGAGAUGAACAGAAUAGUCUAUAUGUUUCAUAAAGUUGUUUUUUUUAACAAAUAAUAAAGCUGACUAUAUGCAAUGUUUACGUGCAUCAUCUGAUUUGGAAAAUGUUGAUCUCACAGUAUAAAGUGUAUAAUAAAUUGUUUUAUUCUUGGAGGGUAGAAGGAAAUAUGUGCGUAAUACAACUCUGAUACUAGAUGGCGUUAUAUUAAACUUUCUUAACACGGAAAGGAUCUUUUUAGUUCAUAUUAUUCAGGCCUUAGUAUAUUAUUUAUUAUGUUCAACUGACGAAGCAUCCAUUUUAAACUGUAUAAUGUAUAUUAAUAAUAAUUUAUAAACUUGAAUACUUAUUGGAACAAAUUGUGAAGCGCCCUCUGUAGUUUAAAAAUGUAAACCAUUUCAAUAAAUACCAACAAUUUUCUUUGAUUUUUGUAUUUUAUUGUAUAAGUUUAAAUUAAAAUAUGUAAGGGAACGAAUGAAUCAGAAUGGAAAGUGGUAAAAGCAUAACAAAGACGUUUGUAGUAUAGAUAAAAUUUCGAUUUGCUCAACGUUUAUUUUGUAUCUGGUCUUUCACUGUUAUUUAUUUAUCGAUACAUUGAUAAUUAAUCUAUUUUAUAUUAUAUUAGUUAUUAAGU